UGUGCUGAAUUACCCUCUGAUGAGGAUGGAGAUGUCACAUGGAUCUGACAGCCCUCCAGGAGGCCAGGAAAGGAGGAAGAGAGACAUCCUGAGGUCCACCAAGAGGGCAUGGGUUCCCCUGGAUGAGCAGCUUCCCCCUGGCCCUGCCGGCCCCACGCUGGAAGAUUCCAAACAAGAAAGUAUUCAGCAGUGGCUGGACUCUGGAUUCUUCGUCUCUGUAAAGGACAACUUCCAGCAAGCCAGCGAGCAUGCCGCUUUUCUGCCUGAACAAGGAAAGGCCCACAUGACUGUGCAAGACUACAUGAGAUCUCUGCACCAGUUUCCAGAAACUCCCACCCUAACCAGAGGGACCAGUUUCAACUCCUGCCAUUCUGCGACAAGUAUACCACAAAGCAUUCCAGAAUGGCUGGAAUUCUGGGAAAAUGAUCCAGUGGAGAUUCUCUUGGAUCUGGGGUUUGGUGCUGAUGAGCCAGACAUCUGCACACAGAUUCCAGCCAGAUUCCUGGGCUGUAGCUCAGCGGCCAGAGGAAUCAACAUCCAUGUUUUCCUUGAAGCUCAAAAGCAGCGAAUGGACAUUGAGAACCCUGACUUGUAUGGUCGUUUUCAACAGCUGGAAAUCCUGGAUCAUGUGGCCAAUGCCUUCUCAUCUUUGUUGAAUGAGGUUAACACCCUGCAAAGCAAAGCUAAAGAAGAGGAUGGAGAGGAAAGUGUGCAUAGAACCUCAGUGGGUGGAGCCAACGAACAUCAAAGAAGAACGAGUGAACUUCUCAGGAGAGCCUCAAGGCGGAACAUUAGGGGAGACUGUAGUUCCAAAGUGUCAGAGUCAUUGAAGAACAGGGAAGAAUUUUCCCUCCCCUCCACAAAACCGGGGGCACGUGAAGCACAGUUAUCCGCUGUGAUGGACAACCUUCAACAGGUUUAUUUGUCUUCUUCAGCUGAGCACUUGUCUCUACAAGAUUGUGAUGACUUGAUACCUUGUCACCCUCCCCAACCUCUUCUGAAAAAGCAGUGGCCUUCCUCACCUGUGCUAAACAAGCAGGCUCCCCCUUCCUGCAUGCCUAAGGGGCCAGUCAAGGACAGAGCACCAAAAGAACACUGGAUCCAGACUAACAAGCUCAAGAGCCUAGCUGAUGUAAGCGGAGCACCGGACUCCUUUGAAAUGGAAGAGGUCCAGAGCUUUGAAGAGGAGAUUGGUAACCCUCCUGACCUGACUUCAGGAACUGUAGGUGCCAUGGUGAGCAGGGCAAACAGCUGUCAGUCUGACAGCAGCGGGUUCCUGGAGGAGCUGCCAGAACCACCAGCCUUGCAGGUGCCUUCCCUGCCUGCAGGCCCGAGCCCUGCUGAGGACGGAUGCAGACGGCCAGGGGGUCAGAGCCAGCGCCUGGCGCCUGCCCAGCACGGCCAGCGAGACUCAGAGGAGUCUGACUCCAAGAGUGGGACGAGCAUGUCCUUCUCCAGCCAAGACUGGAGUGUCUUAGAAGAAAAGUCCUCAACGUCUGUGGUGGAGGCGGAGUCUCAUCUGGAGGCCACAGAAGGACAGCCAGGACUGUCAACCUCCGAUGUGGCCCUGAGCAGGGCCUCCGGUGGGGGAGAACACCGAGGGAAAGACGGCCACCAGAGGCAGCCCCCGCCUGUGCCCCACACUCAACAUGAGGCUGAUAUCAGCACAACUCCCUGCCCGUAUGAUCUGGAGUUCACGGUGACCCAUGUCACUGAAGGGAGGAGUGGGUUUCUGAGGCCUGGGGGGACUGGGGACACGCAUGUGCAAAGCCACCUCUGGGAGCCUCAGACAUCACUGGACAUGGAUCAUGCUAGAGACAAGUCCCUUCAUGUCGGCCCGGAGGCCCCAAGAGGAGCGGAAUGCGGUGAACCCUGCCCCGACUUCCACCACAGAGCCCAGACAGGGGAAAGUCCGCCAGAGCCUGUCCCCAAGUCCAGCAAAGCCGGACCCUCUGCAGCGAACCUUAUUCACACAUCUGAAAAGGCUGUUCCCCACCGAGAGAAGGUGCCUAAAGGCGCUACUCCCCACGUGAAGCCGAGGUAUGGUGCUGCGGGUCCGAAGCCACCCAGGGCAGAGCCUGAGCUGGGAGCCCUUCCUCCCCGCACUGGCUCCAGCUCCGGUCGCCCUGAGUCUGUGACAGUCCAGAGGCCCUCCCGCCUGGUGUCAGCUGCUCAGAGUGCUGUGGCCUUAGGGCCUUACUCUAGAAGAACAACUUUAGAACGCACUGUGGGUGACCCUGCUGCCACGACAGAACCAGUUCUGGGGACAGAAGCCAGACAGUUCCAUGAUGUUUCUGUUCAGACCGAUCUUUGGGAGGCCAGGUCCUGGCAUUGCUAUUCAGUUCCAAGUAGCAAGGCCCAGCCCUGGACCAAAUCCAUCUCCCUGGAUGCCGGCCUCCCUAGCAGCUGCUCGGUUCAUACCUGCCACGCCGUACCCGCCCACUGCUGGGGUUGCUCUCGUCACCAUCCCCACUGCCACCCGGGGGGACAAAGCCCCAGCCCAGUGCCCUUGGCCUGCAGCUGCGGCCUGUGCUCACAUAGCCACCGGGAGGAGCAGUUCUCGAAGACUCUGGAAGUCCUGCGGGACCCUGCAGUGAGGGAGCUGUGCUCUUGCACAGCCUACGAGAUGGACGCAAUGAAGAUGCUCUGCCGGGGUUUCCGGGAGCAUUUAGAGGAAAUUGAACAGCACCUUACAGGACAGCAGGCGCUCUUUUCUGGGGACAUGUCAGAAGAGGAAAGGAAGGAGGCGGAGCACCUGCAAGCUUUGCGCAAGGCCCUGAGGCAGCAAGUGGAGGAGCUAGAGUUUCAGUUAGGAGACCGGGCCCAGCAAAUCAGAGGAGGGAUCCUGUUGCAGCUUGAGCUUCUCGCAGGAGAGCCCCCUGAAAACCGUACAAAUCCGCACCAGUAUGACUGGACAGAAGACAAGAAGGGCCAGACUCCAGCCGCCCAAGCCCGGCCAGCCGUGGCCCUUGGGGCUGCCUUGCCUGCCGACAGCAGCCAGUGGGCUUCCUGCCCGGGCAUAACCCGCGUGGCUGCCUGUCCCCCACUCACCUGGGAGAGCCACGCCAGGAUGUCUCCUCCGGCUCAGGAAGAGUUGGGUUCAGCCCUUGUGUCCACCUGUCCCAUUGGAGAAAAGGACACAGAUGUCAGCCUCUAGCUCAGAGUGGGUUUGGUGGCCUUCCUGCCAAAUGCAAGAGCACACCAGAGAAGGAUCUCUAAAUUCCCCCAAGGAGAUUUAUCGCUUGAUUUUUUAAAAAUAUUCUACUCUAUGGCUAAACCCGGGAGGAACUGAGAAUAUUCUAAUUUCCAUUCAAUACACAAUAAGUGAGCACCUACUGUGCGCCUGGCAUAAAGAAUACGUGGUGGCCAACA